GAUAUAUCUUCAUAGCAAUGCAGUGUGUAAGUGGGUAGCAUGAAGAUAUUGACUGUUCUUGUGUGUGUGUGAAUGCAUCGAACUGUGACUUAACCACACUGGUUGCCAUUUCGGUUCUCCUGAAGUUAGGGUGCAGAAACAAGCAUACAAUGGCAAAUAAGGUAUUGCUAUCAUGCUUGCGGCAAAAUACUCCAAAGUAUGCAAAUUCCAUUCGUGGAUUAUCAGGAGUAUCUGGAGUUCCUGAUAAAAUUGGUAAUAGGGAUAUAGUAGGUCAUGGAUGGAAUGGAGAAGCAGCUUACUUAGAUCGAUGUGAUUUUCCUUUGCCUGCAAUUCGUUUCAAACCAAAUACUCCAGACAUAAUGGCAUUGCGAGAGAAAGAAAAAGGUGAUUGGAAGAAAUUAUCAAUAGAAGAAAAAAAGGCAUUAUAUCGAGCCAGUUUCCGUCAAACAUUUAGUGAAUUUCAAGCCUCAACAGGAGAAUGGAAAGGACAUAUUGGAAUUGCACUCAUUGGUGUGGCUUUUAGUCUUUGGGUAGUAAUGUUUCUUAAAACUUUUGCAUACCCACCAUUACCAGAAUCAUUUAAUUUGGAAAACAGACUUGCACAACUGGAACGUAUGAAAAUACUUGAAGUCAAUCCUAUUAGUGGAAUUAGUGCGAAAAAAUAAAUUUAAUUUGUUUAUGUUUAAAAGCAUAGUAAAAAAUAUAGUGUAUUAUACACUAACAAUUAUUUAAUAUAAAUGUUCUGUAUAAGGUUAGUAAGAAGAAACAUUAAUAAAUUAAAUAUUUCUCUCAAAAUAAGAAAA